AUGGGCUGGGGCGGCGGAUGGGGCGGUAAAGGCAAGUUCGGUGGUGGCGGGGGAUGGUCUCCAUGGCAGCCCAUGUUCAUGAAAUGGGGCAAGGGCAAGGGCAAAGGCGGAGGGCUGAAGGUGGACCCGGCCCUGAAGUGCUGGAUCGGGAACCUGGCGGAAGGGACCUCCUGGAAAGCCCUGCAGGACCACAUGAACCAGGCCGGAAAGACCACAUGGGUCGAAUGUUUCAGUGGCAAGGGUUCUGGCACCGGUGGUGUGUCUUUCUCCACGGCGGAGGAGGCUGCCAAUGCCAUCACGAUGCUCAAUGGGAGCCUGCUAAACGGCCAGGCCAUUAUGGUGGAUGUCUGGGUGAAGCAGUCUCAGCCUUCCUGA